CUAAAGACGCGGCUAGGGCGUCAGGGAAGAAGAAGGGGACGACUCUGUCCCAGCUGAAGAAGAGAGCUGUGCCGGCUGGCUCGGAGACUCCGAGUACCUUCAAGAAGCCAAAACCCCUACCUCGCCGUCUCGUGAAGAAAGACGAGUCGAAGGUUGCUGAGGGGGGAUGCCCUGAUGACGAAGAGAUGGGCGUGGACAAGCCGUCUCUGGUGGUGGACUUGGUGGAGGACCCUCUUUCGGGAAUCCCGGCCGACGUCCGCUCUCAGAUACCGGCGGAGGUGGCCCGCCGAGCUAGGUCUUCGGGCGCCAAAGACAAAGGGAAGGAUGCAGCUGCUGCCGAGGAUGAGAACGUACCUGCUACUCCCCACUAUUCGUCAAAGGAUAGGGCGGCUAUAUGUCGCAAGGUUUUUAAGGCCGUCCCCGCAGAGUAUGUUGCUUCUCUUCCUGGCCGCAAGACUGACGCCCAGUUUGGUGCGAUCCAGGCCACUCUUCUCGACUUGUUCUGCCGCAUGGAAUUCUGCAAGAGCUGGAAGACCCGCACUGCUGAGGAGCUCAAAGCUCAGGUGGCUGAGUCCACCCACCAUGGUGACUAUGCGUUCAAGUCCAUUGAAGAGGUCCGCCUGCAGAUGCAGACGACCAUAGACCUUCAAGCGAAGGAGGUGGCUGCGUUGAGAUCUGACAAGGCCGAGCUGCUUAAGAAGAUCUUGGCGCAGGACAAGGACAUGGUGGCAAUGGUCGAGGAGGCCAAGACAGCGGCGGCGGAAAUACGGGCGCUUCAGGACCAGUUGCGGGAGUACCCUCAGGUCAAAGAGGCGGCUGAGGAAGCCGAGCAUCUUCGUGGGGAGCUAGAGACGGCCAGAUCGCAAGUUCGCACCUUGCGUGAGCGUCUUCUGGAAUCCUAUGAUCAGGGGGAACAAGCGACCAAGGACGCUGUUAAGCACGCCUGGGAGAGCCACAUGUCAGAGUAUGAUCUUGGGUGGUUCCAGCGGCGAAUGGAGCACAGUGCCGCUGUGUUGGCUGCUGAACGUCUUGGUCAGCCGCCCCCAGAGUUUGUAUCAUCUGAUGACGAGGACGAUGCGGCCGCCCCCUGAUUUGCUUCCUUUCCUAU